AUGGAUUCCGUCUCCCUUACACUGACGAUCGGACCAGUCGUCCUCAAGGCAGCGACACUCGCGAAGCAAUGUCGUGAUAUCCAAGCGAAACUCUCGUUACCGCUAGGAACGCCGAACGCAACUGCUCUUGAAUGCACUGAGAUUCAUCAACUACUAGAGAGCUUUCAGGUUGUGGGCCAACAAGAGCUGUCGAAGCAAGGAGCUGAGAAAGCCAAGGAAUUCAGUCAUGCUGUUGGAAAUGUACGGAAGUGCUUCUCGGAGGUGCUGACGUCUAUUGAGCAGCAUGUUGAGGCACUUGAAGAGGUUGCGGAGAAGAAUUCUAAUGGAGAUAUUCAAGUUGUGUCGGAGAGCGAAGAAUUUCAAUGGAAAGAGGAUGAGGUUUGGAAGAUCCUCCAGGGAUCAGAACAGCAUCGCCAUAAGUUUACGUCUCUUUUGAAAGAUUCCCAAGCAGCUGUAGAACCCUUGGAAGGUGAAGAACAUUACUACGAGCAGAGUGUAGAGCUUGAAUGGGAUCCGAGUAUUUCUGGGAGUACGAUUUUGUCAGACGGAACUGGAUCCAGUGGAUCGAGUUUGAGGACUGUGGAGAGUCAGGUGACUGUUACAGGGACACUGACGUCGAGGCAGCGUAUCGGACAUCCGGUUCAUCCGGUACAUGUCACACAUGUUGGGCUUGAUCCUGAUACUGGGGAGUUCAUAGGCCUGCCACCGGAAUGGAGAAAGAUUAUGAUGGCUGAAGAUGAAAAGGCUCGAGCAGCCGCCAAAUCAAGAGCCGAAGCUUCUGUUGGAACAUCUCUGCCUUCAGGGCAUGGGAGAGACAAGAAGAAUCCUACAAUCAAGCUUGUUGUGGUUGGAGACCCAGGGAAGCUCAAGCAAUAUCUCUUGGUUACAUACGUGACGAACAAGUAUCCCACCGAAUAUGUAUUACCAGUAUUCGAUAAUUAUGCUGUCAAAGUAAUGAUUGGCGAUGAACCUUACACGCUCGGCAUAUUCGAUACAACCGGCCAAGAAUCAUACGAACGCCUCCGUCCACUGUCCUACCCGCAAACAGACGUAUUCAUGAUCGUAAUCUCCACUUCUAACCGAUCUCACUACAAAUCCGCACGCGAUACCUGGGCACCAGAACUCAAGCUCCAUUGUCCCGGCGUACCAUUCCUGCUCGUUGGAAUUCAAGAUCCUCCAAAUGAUGCCCUUGAUACUGCGUCCAGGAAGAAGGCACGAGUUGAUGAGGGAAAGAAGCUAGCGAGAGAGAUUGGGGCAGCGCAAUACGUGGAGUGUGAGUUGAAGACUCAGAAAGGGGUCAAAGAUGUUUUCGAUGAGGCUAUUGUUGCGGCUCUUAAUCCACGCGCAGGGCCGAAAAAGAGAAGACGCUCGAGAUUGAGACUACUUGCUCGAAUCGAGGAGGAUUGA